AUGCCAUUUGAGUUAACUAAUGCCCCAACUACAUUUAUGGAUCUGAUGAAUAAGAAUGGAAAAGUUAUAGCUUAUGCUUCUAGACAAUUGAAGAAGCAUGAGUUAAACCACCCAACUCAUGAUUUGGAGUUAGCUACAGUGGUGUUGGCAUUAAAGAUUUGGAGGCACUACCUUUAUGGAACUGAAUCUAAGGCAAAGAAGAUGGCUGAAGUGAGGCCUCAUUUGAUCGAUAAGGUUAGAGAAGCUCAAUCUCAAGACCUAACAUUGAGAAUACUGAAAGCAGAAGUUAGUGCUGGGUUACGAACGGAUUAUGUGAUUAGAGAUAAUUGUAUGUUGGCUAUGGAUAAUAGAUUAUGUAUUCUAGAUAUUCUAGAGUUGAAAAAAGAGAUUUUGGAAGAGGCAAAUAGUUCUAUUUAUGCUAUGCAUCUAGGCAGUAUUAAAAUGUAUCACACAUUGAAAAAUCAUUACUGGUGGAUUGGUAUGAAGAGAGAGAUAGCAAAUUUUAAAGUUUAUAUGGUAGAAAGUGCAGAACACCAAGUUGUUGAGAUGAAGCUACCAGUUCACUUGAAGGAAAUUUUGACUUAUAUAGAAGAGCCAGUGAGAAUUAUAGACAAAAAGGUGCAAAUUCAGCAACAUAAGACAGUUUCACUUGUAAAGGUCCUUUGGAAGAAUCAGGCAGUAGAAGAGGCUAUAUGA